AUGAGUGCAUCAUCACCCCCAACUCCAGAAGAAGCUUUAUCGUGCGCAAGUAAUACCUCAAGUCCUGUUCCAUCAUCCCAAGCAGGAGCACGUCUAGCACAGAGUGUGUCAACACCUGUGCUCGGUGCUCUAAGCAAAGACGAUAUGGAUGAUGCGUCCUCGUCCUCAGAUGCAAUCAUCAUCGCAUCACCGUCAACCACACAAAACGCUCCCCAAAAGCAGCAGCAUUCAACUCUGCGCAACUCCACAUCGCUUGCUAGUCAUCUCAAAAGACUCAUAUCCAAUUCUAGUCCGAUUUCUACGAAUACUUCUAAUAAUGCAACGAAUCACUCAACAUCGAAUUCUCUUGCCACUGCCUUCGACAACCGUAUCCUGAAUAAACAAUCUUCCACGCUGUUGGCAUCAUCAUCGAAACUUGAUGAUUGUUUAAUGCGAAGAGGUGUCACUGCAAAAAGCAAUAGUGAUAGUAAUACAAAUUCUGCGCUACUAAAUAAACUGGCCGGCAUCGCUACGAGUUCAGCCCAAAAUCUUCUGCUAACGAAUGCAGUGAUAAGCAAUGCUGAUUCAAAGAAUGCAUCCGCAAACAACAAAUCAAAAGCAACCUCAGCGCAAGAUGCACUAGCCAAGUUGAUACAUUCAUCAAAUAAUGGUAUGAUGACAGCGAGUGCUGCUAAGGGUAAUCAGAAGCAAACCACUGCUAGUACCAGUAGUAGUAAGACUAACGGUGCUACAAAUAACAGCAGCGGUGGCGGUGAGGUACGGCGUCAGAGACGUCCAUUUAAACAGUCGACCGUAUGGGAUCAUUUUCUGAAGUUGUCCGAUGGGAACGUACAAUGCGUGCAUUGUGCGAAGAUACUGAAACGCAAAGAUAGUUCAACGAAGACGAUGUGGGGUCAUUUGCGAGCGAUUCACUUCAAGGGACGUGACUGGACAGCACUACAACAGCAAGCACAGUCCGGUCGUAGUUUGGUGGUCAAUGAAGCGGUGGUGACGAAUGUUGACGAUAGCAACAGCAUUUACACGGAUGCGGCAUUGGGUGCUGCACCCACACAAACCGCACAGAGUUGGCUGGAGGAACAACUGGGAAUAUCGUCGACUUGUUCACCGUCGAACGAUGAGAAUAAUCAGUUCACUUUGUUACGUACAAACGAAUCGUCGUCUUCGUUGAAUACUGCCGCAGAUUUAUCGGAUUUGGAGGCGAGCGAUAUCUCAAAUAUCGCAGUUCACAAACGGCUUAAUGAGAUUUAUUAUAAUAAUGAGACUCCGACACAGCCGUAUGUGAAACGAAACCGUCCCACAUCGUAUUCACCAAACACCACAACUACUUCAUCAACCACUGAUCUCUUCUUGAAUACAUCAUCAUCCAAACUCAAUUCAUCGUCAACCAAUGGCUGUUUAGCCGCUGUUCGUGCCGCACUCGCUGGACAGCAAAAGAAUGCUGUUGACGAUUGUUUCGUUCGCGAGAAUAGUCUCACCGACUUACGCGAACUCGGCGUAACGCCAUUGAGCAACGCUUGCAUUUGUCUGUCUGUGUGCCGUGCUCUGCUCUACUCUCCUCGCCUCUCCUCGCCUCUCAAGCAUUACGAACAUUACCCCGAGAUACGCGAUUAUACUUGUUGUCAUACGCUCGCUCGCUCACUCCGACCUUCAUUCACUUUGUUCUGUUCGAUACAAGCACCCACCCACUGCACACUUAUCAUGAUUGUUGCGUUCAAACGACAACCACUACCUGUACGAUCCACUGCCUCGUUCAACUACGUUCUUUCCUCUGAUUGA